AUGGACCUCUUAGUUCUGGGGCCUGCUCUUCCAGGGCCUGCUCUUCCAGGGCCUGCUCUUCCAGGGCCCGCUCUUCUGAAGGCCUCUCUUUUGGAGUGGGUGAACAAACUGUUUGGACUCGAGCCACACUGGCGAGCGGAGCCUGAACUCGACACUCUCCAGCGCAUCAUCCGCCAACAAACCGCCCUACCCUUUGCUGGCGAGGAUGUGACCAUCAAGCCGUUUGCCCAAGGCGCCUUCAACAAGCUCUAUACGAUACGUCCUGCCCGAGGCCAUGAUGGUGAUUCCCAUGACCGCUCCGACAAGUCCCCGACGACUACGCUUCUCUUUCGCGCUUCACUGCCCGUCUGCCCCCGCUACAAGACCGAAAGCGAGGCGGCAACAAUCCGCUUCGUGCAAGAGCGUACGUCGGUGCCGGUGCCUCGCAUCUACGCCUUCGAUUCAAACCUCCGCCCAGACGUCGGCUUCGAGUGGAUCAUCAUGGAGCGCAUGCCCGGGAAGCCUCUGCGACAGCAAUGGCGUUCCAUGUCCAUCGACGCAAAGGCCGCACUCGUCCGCACAGUUGCUCAAUUCCAGGCAGAGCUACUCCGCCCGGCCAACCGCUUCACCUCACUCGGCAACAUACUCGAGGCGGACCGGGAUAGCGUUGGCAUUUUCCGCAUUGGCCCCAUGGUCUCUCCGGUAUUCUUCUGGGGCCCUCAGAAGCAGCUGGAUAAGAUCUCCGGCCCCUUCGAAUCCAGCCACGACUGGCUCCUCGCUCGUCUCAAUGUUAUGCUGAGUGAACAGGAGCGUAUCAUCAAGGAGACACCGCAUGACGAGGAUCGCCAAGUUGCGGUGCGGUCUCUUGCCUGCGCUCAGAAGCUCUGCCGCCUGCUACCGAAAUUCUUCCCGCCUUCGACGAGGGAGGAGACGGUGCUGUGGCAUCAUGACUUGUCAGAUAACAACAUCCUCGUGAGUGACAGUGGCGCGCUCGCCGCCAUCGUUGACUGGGAGUGCGUCUCUGCCGUGCCGAUGUGGCGUGCCCGUGAUAUUCCCAAGUUUCUGCGUGGACGAAAGCGACUACUUCCGGUGCAGGCGGACGACUACGGCAGCGAUUCAGAAUCAGAUAUAGAGUCUAGCGACGAUGAGCCCCGGCUGGAUAACCAGGGGAAGACGGAACUCUACUGGAUCCACCUGCUUGAAUAUGAGCAGACGCUGCUGCGGGACAUUUACCUCGAGACCAUGGAGCGCUUGGCGCCGCGAUCUCAGGACCAGCGCGCGAAGCAUGUUGAGCUGCUCGACUUUGAGUCCGCUGUGACACUAUGCGACCACGAACUCGCCACCAGUCUUGUCACUGAGUGGGCGGAAGAUAACGCACGAGGAGAGGUCUGGAACCUGAGAGAGGCCUUGCGCAGGUAG